AUUCCCCCACACGUAUCGAUCCAUAUUCUUUUUUGUUGGAAGAAUGAUGUGUUAGAAGGUGCUUCACGAGCCCUAGAGUACGGAUCAGCAGGUGCAUUGGAUGUGAAAGUCGCCGAUCAAGUUCCGGUGUCGACGGACGGGGCUCCUACCACGGCCAAGCGGCAGUUUUCCGGUGACAGAGAAGAACACGAGUCUAACGCCGGCCAAAUAUCUACCAAAACCCCGAAAUUCGAUCAAACAAAGACUGACGUCGACCAAAAUCCCGAUACACCUUUUAGGAAAGCUAGGGUUUCCGUUAGAGCAAGAUCAGAUAAUCCUACGAUAAGCGAUGGAUGUCAAUGGAGAAAAUACGGUCAAAAAUUGGCCAAGGGGAAUCCAUGGCCCCGGGCUUACUACCGUUGCACCAUGGCAAUCGGAUGUCCCGUUCGCAAACAGGUCCAACGAUGUGCGGAGGACACGAGCAUCUUGAUCACUACCUACGAAGGAAACCAUAACCACCCUCUCCCUCCGGCGGCCACCGCCAUGGCCGCCGCCCCCUCCGCCGCCGCCUCCAUGCUAUUGUCCUCUGCCACAUCAUCAUCCCCCCCGCCCGCCGCAGCCAACAUCUUCUACUCAAGCAUCCUCCCAUAUGCCUCCACGAUGGCCACUCUCUCCUCCUCCGCACCUUUCCCCACCAUAACCCUCGACCUCACCCAACCGCCGCCGGAAACCUCCUCCUCCGCGUCUCAUUUCCCGCUACGACCGUCCCAGAUUCUGGGUCAGUUUGGUCCGCCGCCGCCCGUGCUUUUCCCGACCGUGAAUAACCAUAGUAUGUUGAGAUCUCAUCAUUUGUCGGGUCAAACACAAGAGCAGAACGUGGUCGAGAUGGUAAGAGCGGCCAUCGCCGCUGACCCGAACUUCACAGCGGCGCUCGCGGUGGCGAUUUCCAGCAUCAUCGGGAAUAAUAAUAAUAGUAAUACUAAUAAUAAUGUCAAUGCAAAAAACGGAGGGAGCCCUGGUUCACCCCAGCUCCCUCAGUCUUGCACCACUUUCUCCCCAAACUAACAUUAUACAUAUAUGUGUGUGUGUUGUAGAAGUAUAAACCACUUCUGUAAAUGACGUACGUACAAUUAGAGUGUUUUUGCUGGGAUAUGUUUGUAUGUAUACACAUGCAUGCUUGGUGGAGAGAUCUUUAUAGGGUUCUUGACGGGGACUCGAUUUUGGUUAUGGCUACUUUUCUUCUUA